CAGCAGGGCGGAACUGCUGUUUGCAGUGACUGUGGAAGGAAGACGGUCAGUCAGGCUGAGUAACUGAACAGUAACUAGUUAACAUGCCAGCGUGCCGAGGUUAAACCCCACAGAUUGUCUAACCCACAUCGCCGCCACCACUACAUACUUGUUCCUGCGUGUUUAGGAGGUGUUUGAACUUCCCUCACAUUCUCCUCAGCGUGUUUUUCCCUGAAGGGAGGCGGUGGAGCAGCUCGGCAGCCAUCUUUGGACCUGCCUGCCUGGGAGUGGAGCUCUUCUCUCUCUGGCAGCCCAGUUCACUGCGAGGGUGGGGAUCCUUUAACCUACAAUAACUCACUAAUCUGCGUCUUAUAAUCGACUGACAGCGUCGAGAAACACAAGGACUCAGCGUAGGAAACCCCUGAAGCAGGAAGAACACUUUAAUAACCCCUAAAGUGUGUUGAUUUACUCGACACAGAGCUGGAGCCUGGCCUGUCAGCAGAGAGGCUGUGAACACAUAUGAGACCACUGUCCUGCAGAUGAGCCAUCGGUGGGGGCUUUCAAGUCGCUGUCGCAGACCCAGAUAGUUCCUGGCGGCAGCGGCAUUGCCCCCCAGCUCCCCAUUAUGCCCAACAGCAGUCGGGCGGGGAGCCUGAAGGACCCCGACGUCGCCGAGCUCUUCUUCAAGGAGGACCCGGAAAAGCUCUACUCAGAUCUGCGCGAGAUCGGACAUGGCAGCUUUGGUGCUGUAUAUUUUGCACGGGAUGUGCGGACAAAUGAGGUGGUGGCCAUCAAGAAGAUGUCUUACAGUGGAAAGCAGUCCACUGAGAAAUGGCAAGACAUAAUCAAGGAGGUGAAAUUCCUGCAGAGAAUACAACACCCAAACAGCAUAGAGUACAAAGGAUGUUACCUGCGAGAGCACACUGCCUGGCUGGUAAUGGAGUAUUGUCUCGGCUCUGCUUCAGAUUUGUUAGAAGUUCACAAGAAACCUCUGCAAGAAGUUGAAAUAGCUGCAAUUACCCAUGGUGCUCUUCAAGGGUUGGCUUAUCUUCACUCCCACAACAUGAUUCACCGAGAUAUCAAAGCAGGAAACGUCUUGCUGACGGAGCCGGGGCAGGUAAAACUAGCAGAUUUUGGUUCUGCCUCUAUUGCCAGUCCUGCCAACUCCUUUGUCGGGACUCCAUAUUGGAUGGCCCCAGAAGUAAUUUUAGCUAUGGAUGAGGGCCAGUAUGAUGGGAAGGUGGACAUUUGGUCUUUGGGAAUAACCUGCAUUGAAUUAGCUGAGAGGAAGCCUCCACUGUUCAACAUGAAUGCAAUGAGUGCCUUAUACCAUAUAGCACAGAAUGAGAGCCCAACGCUGCAGUCUAGUGAAUGGACGGAUUAUUUCCGAAACUUUGUAGAUUCUUGCCUUCAGAAAUUUCCCCAGGAUAGACCAAACUCUGAGGAGCUCUUAAAGCAUGCAUUUGUCCAGCGCGAGCGACCAGAAUCGGUUCUAAUAGACCUGAUAAGUCGGACCAAGGACGCGGUGCGAGAGCUUGACAAUCUGCAGUAUCGUAAGAUGAAGAAGAUCUUGUUUCAUGAAGCCCACAAUGGCCCCACAACAGAGGCACAAGAUGAUGAGGAGGAGACGGAUCACAGCGUGGGUAGGACGGGUACAGUGAACAGCGUGGGGAGCAACCAAUCCAUACCCAGUAUGUCAAUCAGUGCCAGUUCCCAGAGCAGCUCUGUCAACAGUCUGACCGAUGCGGGCGAUGACAAGAGUGAGGUGGACAUGGACGGAGACCACACGGUCAUGUCCAACAGCUCUGUGAUACACCUCAAACCGGAGGAAGAGACAAACAAUGAAGAGUCGGACCCUAACGCCCGGCCAACUGAGCCACAGUCCCCUCCUGCACACACUCCACGGCCAAAACGGAACCGCGAACACUUUGCUACUAUACGCACAGCCUCAGUGCUCACUCGCCAGAUUAAGGAGCACGAGCAGGAUUCUGAGUUAAGGGAGCAGAUAUUGGGCUACAAGCGCAUGAGGCGGCAGCACCAGAAACAGCUGAUGGCUCUGGAAAACAAGCUGAAGGCCGAGAUGGACGAGCACAGACUGCGCCUGGACAAGGAGCUGGAGAACCAGAGGAAUAGCUUUGCCCAGGAGAUGGAGAAACUGAUCAAGAAGCACCAGGCGUCCAUGGAGAAAGAUGGAAAAACUUUUACCAAUGAUGAAAAGAAGUUCCAACAACAUAUUCAGAGUCAGCAGAAGAAAGAGCUCAACAGCUUCCUGGAAUCCCAGAAACGGGAGUACAAACUUCGCAAGGAACAACUCAAAGAGGAGUUGAAUGAAAAUCAGUCAACACCCAAGAAAGAAAAGCAGGAGUGGUUGUCCAAGCAGAAGGAGAACUUCCAACACUUCCAAGCUGAAGAAGAGGCCAACUUGCAGCGCAGACAGAGGCAGUAUCUGGACCUGGAGUGCCGCAGGUUCAAACGGAGGAUCUUGAUUGCUCGCCACAAUAUUGAACAGGACUUAGUGCGCGAGGAGCUAAACAAGCGUCAGACCCAGAAGGACUUGGAACACGCCAUGCUUCUCCGGCACCAUGAGUCCAUGCAAGAACUGGAGUUCCGCCAGCUCAACACCAUCCAAAAGACGAGGGCCGAGCUCAUCCGCCUGCAGCACCAGACGGAGCUCACCAAUCAGCAGGAGUACAACAAGAGGAGGGAGAGGGAGCUGCGACGCAAACACGUUAUGGAGGUUCGCCAGCAGCCCAAGAGCCUCAGGUCUAAAGAGCUACAGAUCAAGAAGCAGUUCCAGGACACAUGUAAGAUCCAGACCAGGCAGUACAAAGCACUGAGGAACCAUCUGUUGGAGACCACGCCAAAGUCAGAGCACAAGGCCGUCCUUAAACGGCUGAAGCAGGAGCAGCACCGCAAACUUGCCAUCUUGGCAGAGCAGUAUGACCACUCCAUCAACGAGAUGCUUUCCACUCAGGCGCUCCGUCUGGAUGAGACUCAGGAGGCUCAGUGCCAAGGCCUGCGAAUGCAGCUACAGCAGGAGCUGGAGCUUCUCAACGCCUACCAGAGCAAGAUCAAGAUGCAGACAGACGCCCAGCACGAGCGUGAGAGGAAGGACCUGGAGCAGAGGGUGUCACUCCGAAGGGCCCUGCUGGAACAGAAGAUUGAGGAGGAGAUGCUGUCCUUGCAGAACGAGCGCUUAGAGCGAAUCAGGAGCCUGCUGGAACGUCAAGCCAGAGAGGUCGAGGCUUUUGACUCGGAGAGCAUGCGCCUGGGCUUCAGCAACAUGGUGCUAUCAAACUCGUCCCCAGAGAGUCAAGGCAAUACCUUUCCCGGGGCUCCAGCGAGUUGGAGUCACCAACAACAACAGCACCCACCUGGGAGCUCUCAAGGGUCACCCUGGAGCGGUGGCAGUUCGGGCGCAGGGUCAAGCCACCACGGCAGCCAUCACCACUAUCACUCCAGUCCGGGAGGGGCGUCUAUGCAGCAGGGCUGGGGGCAGGGCAUGCAGGGAGGCGGGGUUCCAUCACCGUGGGGCCACUCGCCAGCAGGAGGCCUGCUCUCCCGCAGCAGCGGAGGCGUACAGAACAGCCCCCAAGCAAUGGGGAGGACACCCUCGGGAGGGCGCAGCGAGCAGAAUAUGAGCAGGAGUACCAGCGUCACCUCUCAGAUAUCUAACGGGUCACACCUCUCCUACACAUAGAUCCCCCCCCGUCAGCCCCCGGAGUCAGAAUUUGAGCGUGGAGACGUAGAAUCCAACAAACAAAAGCGGGACAGAGUAUUGGCUGAGCUCUGCUGCUCGGUCUCCGAUGUACAGAUGUGGAUGUGCGAGGAAAUAAAUGUUGCUCAGGUCAAAAGGGCUGGAAGAGACGCAGCCCGUCCUCACGGCAGUUUAUCGGCACACAUACAGAUCCUUAAAUUUAUGUUACAUAAGCAAUUUGAGUGUCAACACAUUAAUACUCCCAUUUUUGUUUUUAUUUACAGCUCUCCUGCGGAAUUUUUUAAAAAUAUAUGUUUUGUGCUAUUCACAGCCAUUGCUCUCAUUUUGCACAUGAAACACUGUUGAAAAGCCUUUGACAUGUGUUAACUAUGUCCUUUAGAAACGUGGUAUCAAACAAUCAGUGAACUGAUUUUAUUUAGGACCCCCCCCCACUCCUUCACUCUCCCGAUUCAUAUUCAGUUAUACACUGGUCGAUUCUCUGACGGUGGUUAAUAACGCAGCAGACCCAUCUAAAGAUGCUUUGCUGUUGUGAUACCAGCCUGCUGUAAUGGUUGUGAUAAAUUAGAUGCCUCCUUUUUAUUCAAUAGUUUUAUUUCACCUGGUCAUCAGCCAAAAUGAGACUUCAGAGCCAAAUAAACAAAAACUGUUUCAGGCUUAUGCUACAACACUACUACAGUGCCUUUUUAAACCCUUGAUUAUAAAAAUCGGUCUCAGAUGUUUAUAGCUUAAUAUUUUAAAUUUCAUCAUCAGUUUAUAAUCCAUGUAUGUUUAGGUUGAUUUUAGUUCCAGAGGUCUCAAAAAUACUUUUCUCAGAUUAUUAUAUUCACUGUGUAUGCAGUAAAGUUGGUUUAUAAAUGGUGAGAAAUAGAAAAGUGUAUAUCAGUUGCUAUAUUUUUAGGUCUUUAGAGUGGUGGUACUCUAGGGGUGAACUUGGAAAACCCCGGCGUUACAGAGAAUGUCAUUGUACACAUUCACAAGAGGAGUUGACUCAUUUGCCUUCAAAAACAAUCCUAGUAUUGAUCUGUUGAUUUUUAUUAGUGCCUUUUUAAACUGCUGCCUUUUUCCAAAGCACUUUAUACAGCGGAAUAUGUGUAAAAAAAAAUUAUAUUUGACUUCUUUUCGCAAAGCACCUGGUGGAUGAGUGUUUCGUCGGUACGUAUGUAGUGAAGUCGAGGAGUCGAGCUAACCCGUGCUGUGAUUUUUCGGAGCAAUUUCCCCCAAGUACAGACAAGACCUAGUGUAUGAAAAUAUACAGUAUGUGAGUGGACGCAUUUCCCCCCCCCCCCCCUUUCUGCAGCUUUUACUGUUUUGAAACUAGCUGUUGUUGGUUAUCUCCUCUGUGUGUUUAUGCUGAAUUUUGAUUGGAUGUGAGGAUGCUGCAGGCUUCUUUUUUUUUUUUUAGAUAUGCUUUGGCUACAGUUUCCAUAAUACAAACUGAACUGAAGAGAGUCCAUUAUGUGCAGGCAGAAAGCUUUAGGUAAUUGUCAUGACCAUGACAGCAGGCUCGGCACUACUAAGAAAAACUACAACACUGUUAAAAAAAAAUGUUGGGGCCCAGUUACGUAACACUAAAAAAAAUGUAAAAGGUGCUAAAAGUUCAAAAUGUUACACAACCAUCUCAUCAGAACCCAAGAACAAGGGCGACUGAAAUCAAGCACAUGCUCGCAUGAUGGCAUUGUAUCAUAUACAUGUAAAAUGUAACGUCAACGCACACUCUGUGAAAAACAGCCAAAUACAAAAUAAAUGUGGCAAAAAAAAGCACUUAGGUAUUCAUUUUGAUAGCUCUAGCAGUUCCUCUAAUAAUAUCUGUCUCUGCCCGCUCCCUUCAAUCUGGUUUGUGGUUGAAAUAUCAUCGGUGCCCUUUAAACCUUUUAACAGCCUUUCUGCACAAAGUUAGGCUUUCCAUUUCCAUGCAGAGGGUUUAAAAGAUUUUCUUGGGAAAGGCCAUAAAGGAUAUAUGCUCCCUUGAAUCACAAAGCUGGAGUUAAAUGUUCAUAUGUGUAUAUUUUAUUAAAAGAAAAACAUUUAAAAACUAAACUCACAUUUUAAGAAAAUAAUUUCUAAAACUAACUUUAUUUAACUGACAGACCACACUGAUGUUAGCAAAACCCUUUCACUCUCAAAAGUGGUUUUGAGUUGUUUGGACAUCGCUCAUUGGAAGAUAUUCUUGGUUUUGUGUACACAGAGAGAAUGCCUCGUAUGCAUGUGUUCGCUGUCAUCUCCUUUUUAAAUGCCACUUCCUUAGUCAAGCGGCCAUCUCUUGAGCGUUAUCACUGCAGAGUUCGUUCUCCCCCACCGCACAUGUUUGAUCACUUGUCCCCUGAUUCAGAGCCUCCUUUGUCAGAUGCUGGCUCUUUCUGAAUGUCAUACUGUGAUAUAUUCCUAUCACAUUUGAGGACACAAAAAUGCUGGGGUCUUUUUUUUUUAAAUAGGUGGGAUGUUAAUUUUUCACGUGUAUAUAUCCUAUCCUUGAAAGUAUGCAUUAUAUCAAGUUACAUAUGGUUUGGUCCCAAAACACUUACUUUUUUUUUUAAUGCCGAGUGACUAGUUCCAGCUACUGUAACACAGCAGGUUAUAUAUUCAUCAUUUCUUUUCUGAUUUAUUGAUAUUUGGUAAAGAAAAGGGGAAUGUAUUUAUCAUGAUCGGAAUCUUACCUCAAAUCAAAAGCCAAGGCCAAGAGUUUGAAUGUUAGGCCAAUCAAACCUCACAUACAUGCCAACCUUAAAGUUUGUAUGUGAGUGUGAUGUGUGUGAGGGAGUCUGUUGUCAAUCAUUGUCGGUCAUGAGACCUCUCCACGAACCUGGAUUUUAUUUUUUAUUUUUUACUUUAACUUUGAUGUCAAAUUUUGUCCUACUGACUGAAAGCUUAUGGGAUACCGAAUGAGAAUCGGCAACACAAAAAAUGGCGAUCCUUUCUAUGGUCAAACACUGUGCCAUACCUGAGUUGCCAAGCCCAGAUACCACUGCAUUGUCUCAUCUCCAUGGUUUUACCUAUCAGUGGGCUGACGGCAUGAAAUGUAUGAAACAUAAAAACAAGUUGGUUCUGGUCUAGUGGCCAAAGUUUAAAAGAAAAAGAAAAAAAAAAAGGCUUGAAAAGAUGACGUGGUGACAGGCAAAUUAUGAAAAGAGAUUCCAUUUCUUUGAAGAUGUCAGUAUUCUUCUUUGGCACAUUACCACUACAACUCAUAACCUGUAUUAAAAUGUAUAGAUGGUGGAACUUGUUAUUGAAUGUCAGAGAGAUUAUGAAGAUACUACAUAAGAGAUGGUAAAGUACUAAAAAAGUGGAUUUAAAUUGUGUAAAAAGAUUCAUAAAACAGAAUAAAAAUAGGAUCAAAUUUACUAUUUUGUUUGUAUUAUAUUUACCAUUGUGUUGGCAGAGGGAUAUUGAACAGAAAUCAGCUGUAAUAAAGUAAUUUUAGUAUAA